UAGUCUGCUUUGCUUGGUGCGGUUUGUGCGGCGGCAGCGGUGUGGUGUAGCGCGUAUGCCUUCAUUACAGAGAUCAAAGUUUGUUUCGUCUAUUAAAUCGACUGUCAGAUAGGCCCAAGCUUUGUAACAGCGGGGAGUGUUGGAUGAUGUUCGCUGCUGGAACUUAAUAUGGAAUGUCUGCGCUGUGCAUCGCCCGAAAUAUCGUGAAGAAGCCUCUCUUGAGCGGGAUAGGCGACUGCCUUUUUAGGGCAGCCGCGGCACGGGCAGUUCAGCCAUCCAAUAAUAAGCCUGCCGUCCGAUCUAUUCACCUCUCGGAUCUGCUCAGAAUGGCAGAUCAGAAGGACGUCAAGGACAUGACUGAAAAGGACUGGCGUGAGAAACUCACGCCUGAUCAGUUUUAUAUUUGUCGUCAAAGAGGCACGGAACCCGCGUACAGGGGCCGGUGGGUCAACCAUAAAGCGAAGGGAACGUAUACAUGUAUUGCCUGCGGUGCUGAUUUGUUCAGCUCCGAACACAAAUUUGUCUCGAAUUGUGGCUGGCCAUCAUUUUUUAUGGCAUUAGGUACAGUGGACGGUGACGAGUCAAACUCAAGCAUUUUACGGAAAGAGGACACAUCACAUGGCAUGGUACGAACAGAAGUUUGCUGCAGAAAGUGCAACUCUCACCUGGGACAUGUGUUCAAUGAUGGACCGCUCCCAACACGUCUUCGCUUUUGCAUCAACAGCAUAGCACUCAACUUCAGGCCAGCACCCAAAUGAAGACUUCUUACAGUCAGCAUUAACCAAGCAAUAUGGGCAUGCUUUUUGCGUAGACAAACUACAAAGGCAGCUAAUUUAGCCAGGAAUACCUGGAACGUUUUCCUCAUGGUAACAUUGUUCACUGCUUUAUACUGCAGAAUGAUUGCGAAGUACCUCAUUUGCAAAUGCACACAUCCAGCAUAUUUAGAGUGAGCUCGCAUGAAACAAAGAAACUCUGAAUCCUCCAAAAAUGGGUUGCACAGACCGGUGACUUUAAGUUUCUAACAUGCUGAGUGCUUGACGUUGCGAGAUGAAAUAACUUCGCAGUAAGAAUUAAGGAGAUAGAGAAGCUCAAGCUGAAAGGUGUUUAUGAGUCAAAAGUAAUCUACAUACAAUCUCGGGUCAUUUUGUAGCUGUAAGCUUGCAAUAUUGAAAACCAAAGAAAUGCACCAGUCAGUGCUUUUUUUGCUGUUUUUAAUAUAUAUAAAUGGAAGAAUGGACCACAAACGAUUUUUAAGGAAUGGGCUAAUAUUUUGUGCGCGGGUAAUUUAGCUUUGCUAGCAGUGAGUGUCUCCUGCAAGAGAGAGAGAAGCAGCUUUAUUGAAGUGAAAAUAUUUUCACAUGUGGGGGAACAAAACCUGGUAGCCCAGCUACUGCAGCUGCCUUGCUUGGUAAUGUCAGCUUUCUGGUCAGGCUCACUUUAUUUAUUGCUGUAUCAAUUUUAUGUUACAUGCUACCAAGAGCUACGGGCACUGUACUAGACCAGUGAAAAGAGGUGUACAGGGUGGUUCUCAAAAACGUGUUGUAAUUACUUCAUCACGUGUUGCAUAUUUCUUUUUAUGUGAUCAAAACAAAGUGCGAUUUUAUGCAAGCACAUUUUUAAAAACAACUGCAUUAAGGUAGCUCAUGACAUGUGAUGUGCUUCCCAGAACACAGCAGAUGUUGCUAAAUACUAUGUAUAAUUUCUUGUGUGUGAUAUGCAGGUCUUCUCCACAUCAUAUAUUUGUGCUACUAGAGUCAUUGUGUACGUGCAUACAAAAACCCGAGUCCUUUUUCAUGUGCCGAAAGACUGCCACAGCCUUGUGUGGGUACUGUGGCGUGUUGGGAUGCAUAGGAGGUUUUAGUUGCAUGAAGUGACGGGCAUGUGUCUGUGCGUUCUGGACGUGGGCACUUAAGUAUUUAAUAUAACGCUUGCCACGUUUGAGGCGAGUGCUCUUUUUUAAGGGAAUGACAAAGAUGCAUAUAUUGCAUAGAGCAAAUGCAGUGACUAUCUAUGACAUACACUAUUGCUAGAAAAAGCUUGCCUAUGAGAACAGCAUCUUUAGUGCACAGUUUUUUGUUUUGACAUAGUGCAGAGUAGUUUAUGUCUAUACAAUGCAUUCAGGAGUGUCGACCGUGCCAGCCCACCAUCUUCCUGUGUGUGCGUGUUUGUCAGUGCAUCAAUCAUGAAUCGCUAAACCAAAUUUUAUUCAUAAUUUAUUUCAAAGGUUAUUUUUUACAAAAAUUUUACCUUC